AAAACGCUCGCCGAGGGAAUCUCUCUUUCUCCUCCCGCACGUCAUUUCCAUCCAAUUCCCACGGGGAAUCCAGAACCUUCUAGAGGGAGAACGCUCCGUCUCCGCUCCCCGGCGCGGCGGCAACAGCCAUGGCGGAUGCCUACUGGAGGUACAACGCCGACCCGCGCCAGCUGCAGCAGCAGCAGCAGCAGCAGAUGCUGCCUCCCUCCGCCAGGGCCCCGAACGCGGCAGCCCCGGCAGCCGCAGGGCAGCAGCCCCUCAAGCGGCCCCGCCCCGCCGAAUACUCCGAUGUACCUGGUUCUUCUGAGAUGGCUGGCUAUUACCCUCGUGAUGAAGAAAGGGCAGGAUAUGCUGCUGCUGCCGCCGCUGCUGCUGCAAGAGAUACGCAGGCUCUGAAUGCUUCAUAUGAACGUUAUCUACGCACUGGGCAAAUUCAAUCCCAUGGUGCUGGCCCUGCCGGUGGAUCUAUUAGGCCUGCUGCAGGAGCUAAUGCUGGCUACCAACUUGAUGAUCGUGUGGCUAUUGGGGGUGUGGAAGGCAGGAAUGUUGGUUUUGGUACUGGAAUGCCAGAGCCUCCCCUUCCCCCAGAUGCCUCAAACACGUUAUUCAUCGAAGGCAUCCCUAAUGAUUGCGAACGACGAGAAGUUUCCCAUAUCUUCCGGCCGUUUGUUGGUUUCAAGGAGGUGAGGCUUGUAACCAAAGAACCAAGACAUCCUGGUGGCGAUCCGAUUGUCCUCUGUUUUGUUGAUUUCACUAAUGCCGCUCAAGCAGCUGUUGCCAUGGAAGCUUUGCAAGGAUAUAAGUUUGAUGAACACGAUCGCACUUCACCUCAUUUGCGGUUGCAGUUUGCUCGUUUUACGGGUCCACGGGGGCAAUCAGGACCUGGUGGUGGUGGUGGUCGUAUCAGGCGUUAAGUUGGCUAGGAGGCCCGAUCACAUGGGGUGUACAACAAGUUUGAUGGUGAUAUUUUGAUUGUUGUUCAGAUGUAUUUUUCCCAAUAGUACUAGAAUUGUUAGCUUCUACCAGAGAAAUCGAUAGCAUGCACCUUCGGUCGUCCUAACUUUGCAAUGUUUCUUUUGGACCAAAUGAAUUGGUUAAACAUGGAAGGCAGAAAUGAUUUUGGUGUCCGACAGGCUAUGUAUGUAGUCACUUUACAAAUCAUAAAAAUCUAUUGUUGAUUUUGUAGGUAGUAGUCGUUGAAUUAGGCGUUAAGUUGGCCAGGUGAUUCAUGAAUCUGCUCGGCCCAGACAUUUGUUGAUUUCGCUUGACCAGCAUCAUCCAUUUUGUUUCUUAAUCA